AUGGCAACCUACGUUCUUCAAAUGGCUGGACUGGUGCUUGGUGGUGUUGGCAUGGUGGGCACAGUGGCUGUUACUAUCAUGCCUCAGUGGAGAGUGUCUGCCUUCAUCGAAAGUAACAUUGUGGUCUUUGAGAACCGCUGGGAAGGCCUGUGGAUGAACUGCAUGAGGCAUGCCAACAUCAGAAUGCAGUGCAAGGUCUACGACUCCCUGCUGGCUCUUAGUCCAGACCUCCAGGCAUCCAGAGGACUGAUGUGCGCUGCCUCGGUCCUGUCCUUCUUGGCUUUCAUGACAGCCAUCCUCGGAAUGAAGUGCACCAGGUGUACGGGAGAGGAUGAGAACGUGAAGAGCCGCAUCUUGCUGACGGCAGGAAUCAUCUUUGUCAUCACUGGCUUGGUUGUGCUCAUCCCUGUCAGCUGGGUUGCCAACUCCAUCAUUAGAGACUUCUACAACCCGCUGGUGGAUGUGGCUCAGAAGCGUGAGCUUGGAGAAGCCCUCUACAUAGGCUGGACCACAGCGCUGGUGCUGAUCGCUGGGGGAGUGCUGUUCUGUUGCGUGUUUUGUUGCACUGAAAGGAGCAGCAGUUACAAAUACUCCAUCCCAUCCCAUCGCACCACUCAAAGGAGUUUCCACGCGGAAAAGAGAUCCCCGAGCAUAUACUCCAAAAGUCAGUAUGUGUAG